AUGUCGGCUCUUCGAGCUGCCCAUACGGGAGUCUUUGAACUCCAGCGGAGCAGUUAUUUUCGGGGACUUCAGCCCGCAACGCAUAAAAACGCGUCCGAAGAAAGUAACGAGAAGGAAACCCACAGCGAAAUGCCACAGGGAGUGAGCGACUACGAAGAGGAAGAAGAGGAGGUAGAUGAGUCAGUUCGAGAGGACAUGACCAAGCUGGAGGAUACAUUCCCUGGUAUCUCGGACCGAUUUCGACUAGUCAAUCGAAUUGGAGAAGGAACCUUUUCGACGGUUUACAAAGCGGAAGAUUUACUCUAUGACCACUAUCAUAACGACUGGGAUAUCUUCGGGGAAGCACAAGAACAAGAAUCCUGGGCCAGUCCUCCCUCCAAACGACGUCGAGUUGAAGGCGAGAAUACCAGACACAAGAAAGUCCGAUAUGUGGCGUUGAAGAAGAUCUACGUCACUAGCAGCCCAAUUCGAAUCCAGAACGAGCUGGAACUUCUCCAUGAUCUCCGUGGCUGUCGAUCCGUGUGCCCUCUGAUCACGGCAUUCCGAUUCCAAGAUCAAGUUGUGGCCGUCCUACCAUAUUUCCCUCAUACCGACUUUCGAAUUCAAUACCGUACAUUUAUGGUCGCAGAUAUGCGACAUUAUCUACGAUCCCUCCUAACUGCAUUAAAAUCGGUCCAUGAACAUGACAUUCUCCAUCGCGACAUCAAACCAACGGGUUUUGGACUGCACGCUGAGAUAACAUUUGGCAGCAAUUUUCUCUACAAUCCGGAUCUGAAAGAAGGUGUGCUAGUCGACUUUGGUCUUGCCGAGCGACAAGGUUCCGAAUUCACCGGUGCCUGUCUCUGCACCCAUCAGUCAUAUGUUCGCCGAAGUCGGAUACUUUCCAGCUAUUAUUCUAAGAAUCCACCAUCAGGGGGGCUGUCGACAGGUUACCCCAAGAAUGACUCUCGGUCAUCAAGGCGAGCUAAUCGGGCUGGAACUCGAGGGUUCCGCGCGCCAGAAGUGUUAUUCAAGUGUACAUCACAGACAACGAAGAUUGAUAUGUGGUCCGUCGGUGUCAUUCUCUUAACCUUGCUGGGCCGUCGGUUCCCCUUCUUCAAUUCUGCAGAUGAUAUUGAUGCCAUGAUUGAAAUGUCAAGUAUCUUUGGCACCCGGCGAAUGAAGACUGCGGCAGCCAUGCACGGGCAGAUCUUCGAAACCAAUGUUCCUACCAUCGGCGAAAAGGGCUAUAGCUGGGAGAAACUGGUGAAGUGGUCGAGCUGCGUGGAGGAUUUGACUGAAAGUGAACAACAAGCAACCAGUCUUCUUGCGGGCUUGAUGGAGCUGGAUCAAACGAAGCGGCUCAGUGCCGAGGAAGCUUUGCAACACGACUUUUUUACAAACCCGGUGCACCAUGAUGUGGAGUGGGGAGGCAACCCCGAAGAGAGUGCAGAGUCAGCCGAAGAUGAUGAGGCAGGAGAUGAAGAAGCCGAUGAAGUCGCCAUGCUAUGA